AUGUUUUUCACAGAAGUCCACCCUUCAUAUAUAUCAGAGACCUCACAUGAGGAAGAUGCUAUAUCCCUGUUCUAA